ACUCUACUGUCUCUUCAAGCUGAGUUUUGGUAUCCGCUACACAUUAAUAUCUCACAAAUACGCGCCAUAUUUACUACGAGUUUGAGAACCUACUCGCGGCCGGAUCCUCGAAUGCGCGGCAAUCUUUGAUGCACUCGGCUUGGGCAUCAUCAUGAACUCUGGCACUUCCAGCCUUUUGAAGAAGGCACCUAUUUCGAUCCGCUACCGCGCCUCCAGCCGCGUCUGCAGGCGAUCACGAUACCCAGAUGGAGCACUAGACAAGGCCGCUGUGCGCUCCUAUACAACCUGCACCGCCAGGCAAAAUGUCCGGAGGGACUUGGCAGCUUCAGCCAACGCCCGUCUGAGGUCAUCGCCAAGGAGGGCGUUCCACGCAUCGCGCAGCCUUCAAGCGAAGAACCCAUACCAAGUUCUUGGGGUAGGCAAGGAUGCCUCGGCCUCCGAUAUAAAGAAGGCCUAUUAUGGAAUGGCUAAGAAGUUCCACCCCGAUACGAAUAAAGACCCGACCGCGAAAGAAAAGUUUGCUGAAGCUCAGUCUGCGUAUGAGCUACUGUCGGACCCGAAGAAGAAGGAGUCGUUUGAUAUGUAUGGCGAAGCUGCGUUCAACCAAGGCGGCGGUCCAAGCCCAGGCGGAGACCCUUUCGGAGGCGCAGGCAGCCCAUUUGGAGGUGGCUUUGGCGGUUUUGGUGGUGGGGGAGCUGGAUUCGGUGGCGCUGGAGGAUUUGGGGCAGAUUUCUCAUUCGAUGAUCUCUUCAAGGCCUUUGGUGGACAAGCUGGAAAGAGAGGGGGGCGAGGAGGACGCGGCUCGCCAUUUUCCCAGGAGGAGGUUCUCGUUGGCGACAACAUCGAAGUGCAGGCCAGCAUAUCUUUUAUGGAAGCAGCCAAGGGAGCUACGAAGACGAUAUCUAUUACGCCUAUGACGACUUGCAAAACAUGCUCCGGAAAUGGAUUGAAGGCAGGCACGAAGCGCACCGAAUGCAAGUCUUGUGAUGGAACUGGGACACGCGUUCACUUCAUGCAGGGAGGUUUCCAGAUGGCCUCGACAUGCGGCUCCUGUGGUGGGCGCGGUGUUACGAUACCCCGAGGAUCAGAGUGCGGGACUUGCGAUGGCGACGGAGUUGUUCGGGAGCGCAAGACGAUUAAUAUUGACAUACCUGGCGGUAUUGAAGAUGGAAUGAGGCUCCGUGUCGACAAGGAGGGUGAUGCACCAGUUACAGGUGCUGCUGCACCUCCUGGAGCGAGAGCGGUUCCUGGAGACUUGUACGUCCACGUCCGGGUUGCUUCCGAUCCGAAAUUCAGCCGAUCUGGGUCCGACGUCCUUUAUACCGCGACUAUACCCCUGACUACCGCCCUGCUUGGUGGUGAAGUACGAAUCCCAACUCUGGAUGGGCACGUUGAUGUCAAGGUUGCUACGGGGACCGGGGCAGGUGACAAGAUUACCCUCAGCGGCAUGGGUAUGAAAAAGCUUAAUGCGCGUAGGGCUGGCACGGGAGAUCUCAAGGUUGAGUUCAAGAUUGCGGUGCCAAAAUUUCUCACCGCGAAGCAGCGAACUAUUCUAGAGAUUCUCGCGGAUGAGAUGGGUGAUAAGACGGCGAAGCGGGUUAUGAACGUCAACAGCUCCAAGUCCUCCGAAACCGAAACUUCUCAGAAGAAUGAAGGGUUUCUCAAGUCGAUCUGGCACAAGUUGACUGACAAACCCGCCGAGUCGAGUACCACCACUGCGUCUGAUUCGAAGGAUGCCAAACCCAAAGAUGCCCCCAAAGACGGCGGCGCUCAGGAAAAAGACGGAAAGUCGCCCAAGAAGGGCUCCGAUUCCGGGUUGUGAGAUAGAUCACCACCCGUUGCGCUCUAUGACUUCUAGUCGUGGGCAGCCCUAGUUGCGUGCCAGAGCAAUUGGCUGGUUGGGCAUGAAAGCCUCCCUGGCACGCUUUCUUGGUCAAGAUGAUGGUUUUGCGGUCGUACAAGUCGCAUCCCAUCAUUUCACUGUAAUAACUUGUAUAUAACAAUGUAUGUAUAUCAUGUAGCAAAACUAGACGGACACUCCUAGAAAUCACCACCAAAAUAUAUUUAUCAAGCAAAACGAACGUU